AUGGCUGCUUCAUCAAGCAUACCGUCCUUUCUCCUCCCGCGAGGAGGUCUCUCUCAGUCCUCACUGCAAUAUCUCCGAACCACACCACGAAGAACGCUCCGCCGUUAUGCAAACUUCUCGUCUUCCUCAGCCUCUCAUGCUGCUCCUACAAAGCCCAGAGUGCUGGAGAAACCAGACAAAUUUCGCCCUCCAUCCCACCCCGCUCGCCGAGUGGUUAAUCCCAACAAGUCACCCAGGAACUACCCCGGCCCUCCUCCAACCGCAAAGGAGAUAGAAGAUCGCAAGACGAAGAGAUACCCCAACAUGUUCCCUCCGGAGGGUACAGUGCUAUUUAAGUUUCUCACCAACAAGGGUAUUCAUGUCUGGAUAUCGAUGUCACAUCAAAAUCUUAACGGUGUUGAACAGAGCGUCCUUUUCUCCCUUGCAUAUUUCACUUGGUCGACGAACUUUAAACGCACAUCUCCAUACGCACAUCUAUUACCAGGCUGGUCUCAGCUAUUCUCGAGCCCAAUGAGUACUAUAUCUCAAUUCUUUACAGUGAUGAAGAUGCACGCCGAGCAUACUACGGUGAUAUCAAAGGAGAAGCGGAAGCGGAUUUCGGAUGACAUUGAUAAACGCAAGGAGUACCGUAUUGCCCAUGGGCUGGAAGAAGAUGAUAGAGUGAAGGCGGAUGAUGCGCAGGCUGCUGAAGGGGCUGAGAAUGCUGUGGUAGAGGGCGCGGAUAACGUCCAGAGCGUGAGUUCAGAGGGGACUGCACCAAUGAGAAAGCCAAAGAGAUGGCUGGGCAUCUGGUGA